UUGUCUGCAGAGGCUGCUGCGCUCCGGAGUCGUGCUCUGGGACAGAUGGCCAAGAUCCGCUCUUGGGGCCGGAACGCGAAGGCCCCGGGAGCGACGAGCGUUUGCCACCCGGACUCCAAUCCCCAGCCUCGAACUCCUGCGCCAGGCUGCGUUCAGCCUCUCGCAGCAAGCUCGCUCUCUCUCGCAGCAAACUCCUUCCCGCCGCGCCUGGCGAGCACGCAGGUCCUGCAGUCUAUUGGGCUAGGGCUUAAAAGCCCGACACGGGCGAAAAAGACGCGAUCUCAGUUUCCGGGGACGCUUUAGAGAAACGCACUCGCCCCUCCCGUUCCGGUUGGGUAGGCGCCGGCUCCUAGGGCCCCACGUGGGAUUCGGCCCGGGUAGUUUUCUGAGGCUCUGCUCCUGCGGUUGGUGAGAGUGCUUGUGUCUGGAGUGCGGAGCUCCUUCGUGGCCGCGAGGACGUCACCAUGCCUAAAGCACCAAAGGGAAAAAGUGCAGGACGGGAAAAAAAAGUCAUCCAUCCAUAUAGUAGAAAAGCAGCUCAAAUCACGAGAGAGGCUCACAAACAAGAAAAAAAGGAAAAACUGAAGAAUGAAAAGGCCUUACGUCUCAACCUUACUGGUGAAAAACUGCAGUGGUUUCAAAAUCAUCUUGAUCCCCAAAAAAAGGGAUAUUCAAAGAAAGAUGCUUGUGAACUAAUCGAAAGGUACUUAAACCGAUUCAGCAGUGAGCUGGAGCAGAUUGAGUUACAUAACAGUAUCAAGGACAGGCAGGGGAGGCGGCACUGUUCCCGGGAGACUGUCAUCAAGCAGACGAUGGAGCGAGAGCGACAGCAGUAUGAAGGAUAUGGCCUUGAGAUUCCGGACAUUCUAAAUGCAAGUAAUCUGAAAACAUUUAGGGAAUGGGACUUUGAUCUGAAGAAGUUGCCAAACAUUAAAAUGAGAAAAAUUUGCGCUAAUGAUGCAAUUCCGAAGAAGUGUAAGAGGAAAACUGUUAUAACUGUACAUCAAAAUUUAGGAGAAUUGGAACUAAAUGAUGAAAGUUUAGGAGAACUGGAACUAAAUGAUGAAAAUUUAGGAGAACUGGAACUAAAUGAUGAAUCAAGUGACUCAGAUGUGGAAAUGACUGCAGUGGCCUAAUUGUCUACGCUUGAAUUGAAAAUAAAUAACUUGAGAGUUUCAAAUUAUAUUCAUUGAUUAUGGUACAUAAUUGUCAAUAUACAAGAAUUUGGUAUUGACAUUCUCUUAUACAAUGAGAGUUUCAUUUGCAGUUUCAAAAAUGGUGUUAGAUUUAUUUUAAAAUGAACAUUGCUUUUCAUUUAUAAUAAGUUGCUAAAAUAGAUAGACAUCAUCUGCAAAAAGUUGUUUAAUCUUUUUCAUCUUAAUUUCGGGCUGGGAGGAAGCAAUAUAACCCUCUCCCAGCUCGAAUGUUUUGGACAAAAAAUGUUUUUUUUUCGUGUGUGUGUGUAUUUAUGAUUACCUAAUUUCACAUUUUGUGAUAUGGACAGUAACCUUCUCUCUCGCUUCUGGCUCAUAGUUAAGUCUGAAAAUGGUUGUAAAAACUGAGUUAUAAAUUACAUGAAAGAGAUUAAGAAUUGCUUAAACUGACACUUAAAGCCCCUACUGUUAGAUGAAUAACUUGUGAAAAAUGACAGAUUGUCCUCCUUCUUAAAUAUUUGUUUCUAAUUUCCCCUGUGUUGUCAAAGCAAAGAUUAUAACUAAUAAGCUACACUGCUGGGAAACUAGAUUAGAUAAGCAUUUAUUGAAUGAAUGUGUUUACCAUUUAGGACCAUAGUAAUUAUGUCACUCCUAGUUGGAUCAAAGUAGCCUCAGAGAUAACUUGUCUUUAGAGUGAUGCUUAAGAUGUCCUUAAUCCUUACCUGUUAAACAUGUUCACAUGGGGUGAUAA